GGAGCUGCGUGGCAUGCCGGCUGGUGAGAGAGAAGAAGGAGAAGCUGGUGCUUAGCUCCUAACCGACAGAUUGAAACAUGACUGAUACAGAUGAAUCCCAGGCUUCUGGUUCUGAUUACCCUGAUGCCCAAGAUCUAAUAUGCACUCAACAGAAAGAAACGUGCACGUUAAAUGAGCAUGCAACAAAUAAACAAAGAAAACGUUCACGAUCAAGGCAGAAGGGUGCCACUCCUGAGGAGUCUUCAGUUGAGGUCAUCCUGGACAGCAGUGAUUCAGAAAUUGGGAGUGAGCACCCCACCAAGUGCUCCACUGCACCUUCAAAGCAAAAAAGGAGAUCACAACCUUCAAGGCAACAGGAGGAAGCUGUUGUAACGGUGCCUGAUGAUGAAAGUUCAGAUUCUUCUCCGUCUCCUCUGAGUCCAGUGAAGCUACCUGAACCCUCCAAAGAGAAGAAAUCAAAGCUUAAUUUGAAAGCCAUUUUUGCCUAUCACUUCAGGGGAAGGAAGUUUAAAACUGCUGCACACAAAAAUUUUCGGAGUACAUCAAGGAAGAGGAAGACUGAGAUGGAGACGGAGACAAAGACUAAGACAAGGCAUGAGCGCACAUACAUGCCUACUGGGAGGCCACCACUGACGGCCUCACCACAAGAGCAAAAGAAAAGGCUUCUACAUCGGGGUUUUCAAUUCCCUUUUGUUGAAAAACAUUAUGGGACGAAACACAUCCCCUUAAAGAUGGUUCUUGACUAUGAGCAAGCAGCUACAAAGGGAUAUUUGCAGUACAUUGAAAUACUCAAAUAUGAAGAACACCUCAAAAAGGCUUUAAAAAGACUUCAAGCUAGUGAAGACUUAGAAAGAGAAUGUCUGGCAGUACGGAAACACAAGUAUUUAGAUGAUGAAGGGCCCAUUUCUCCUAUCCAGGAGAUGAAUGACGAUAACAGCCUGGGUGCUGAUAAUCAAGACAACUUUGAUGUCAGAGUAGUGGACAACAGCUGUUUCAUUUUAAGCAGCCAAGUUCCCAGUAAGAAGAAAUCCAAGACAGAAACGAAACGUGCAAAAUCAACAGGAGUGGUGGAAGUAGAAAAGAAAGACCGUGCUGCUGCCAAGUCUGGGCUUCAGCGAGGUUCACGUCAGUGAACAGAAAACUGCUAAAUGAGGUGCGGCGGUCACUCUUCAGAUACCGUGUUAAGGCCCGCUUGGCUUAAAGUGUUGGUCUGAAGACCCCAUUAAGCUAUCAACUCAGCAACCUAGGCAGAUUGGGUUUUAGGCAUCUACCUGAGAAAUACUCUAUGGCUUGGCAGACUCAUCCUGGAUCUAGGAGUGGGGUUCUUGCUGGUUUAUGUUGCUUUGGAUAAUGAAAUACCAGUCAACUGAUAUAAGAGACUGUGUGGAUGAAUUCACCGGCUUGGCAGCACUGAGCAGUUUCUACUUUUUGGUGGUUUUUUUUGGACUGUUUGAAUUCUUGACAACUGUUGGCUGACCUCAGCGCCCUCCUGUGGAAC